ACCCACAUAUAGCAGGGAGCACCCAGGAGCACCGGCAUUCCCAACCUGCUCUCCAGGACACCCAGCUGGUCGUGUACGGGACGAUGAAGACCUGGAUCCUCCUCCUCGGGGCAGGACUAGCCCUGGGCUGCGUGGCUGGACGUGGAGAAUGGGAAGAGGAGGAGGAAGGUCGUUCCCGCGUGGGUUUCUCCCGCAGCGGGGACGCCAUCACCGACGAGGAUCUCCUGCACGUCUCGGAGCAGCUCUACGGGGCCGAUCACAACAAAGCACGCCCGACUGACAUCGCCAUCAACCCCCAGUACCAGGCGUCCCCCGGCGAGACGGGCGACCAGGAGGAUCGCUCCCCACAGCCGCUCUUCAGAUACGUCAAUGAGGAGCUCUUCUCCAAACCCACCUACUCAAGCUUCAUUAAACUGCUGGAUAAUUACCAGAGGGUGACCGGCAGGGAGGAGGAGGGGACGGCGGGGGGGCUGAGGGAGCAGGACAACUUCCUCAAGGAGGUGAUGAAAACCGAGCUCAUGAAGAAACUCUUCGCCUUCCUCCACAGAAAAAAUCGUUACGACUCCGAGCGGGAGUUCGUCGAUGAUUUGAAGGAGAUGUGGUUCGGACUCUACUCCAGAGGCAACGGCGAGCAGGACUCCAGCGGCUUCGAGCACGUCUUCUCAGGGGAAGUGAAAAAAGGCAAAGUGUCUGGAUUUCACAACUGGAUUCGCUUCUACCUCCUCGAGAAACGGGGCAUCGUCAACUACUUCAGCCACAACUUCGAUGGGCCGUGGGACACAUACCCCGACGUGCUGGGGCUGCAGUUCAGCUGGGAUGGCUUUUACAAAGAGGUGGGCUCUGCCUUCAUCGGCUCCAGCCCCGAGUUCGAGUUUGGCCUCUACACGUUGUGCUUCAUCGCGCGUCCUGGGAGGGUGUGCCACCUGAGCUUGGGCGGCUACAGCCUCAGCAUCCAAACCUACACCUGGACCAAGUCUACUUACGGCAAUGGCAAGAAGUACAUCGCCACCGCCUACGUGACCUCACCCUGA